UGUAGGGGAGGCUGAGGGGAGACCGGAAGCGGAAGGAUACACAGGGCACAGUGAGCCGGUUAGAAGCCCCUCACGCAAGAGCAAAGCUGUAUUUACAGAAGGCGGGGCUGUGCAAUUGUUUCCCUGUCAAUUGGUUCCUAGGACUGCGCAUGUUACUGUAAUGUGGGCGGGGCCCAGCGGGUAGGGCGGGGUUAGUGCUAUGCCCGCCCCUCAGUGCCAGUACCUGGGUCACAUGGUUUUGACAUCAUCGGUUCCCGUCUCACUGUCCUUCCUGUGAGGCUGCAGCUGUCACUCAUAGGGAUAAUAAAGGUGUCGCUGUUCCGGGACUGGGCUCCUCCCCCUGCAGGGCUCAGGAGACUGACUCCAUGUUCCAGCAGCUGCAUCUCUCUGUGCCGCAAUGAUCGCCAUGGAUACAAAGCGAGUGGCUGAGAAGAUCCUUAAUCUGACCCUGGAGACCAUUUUCUUCCUGACUGGAGAGGAUUAUAUUGUGGUGAAGAAGCAGAGAGAGCCGAACAGAGAGAGUGCCGGUACCUGCAUAGCAGAGGGGCCCUGCCCAGUAAGGAAUCCCUUGCCUAAACCUCCUCCCAACUCCCACAUCCAUGAUGGGAACAUCCUAGCGCUCACUCACACAAUUGUCCAUCUGCUGACCGGAGAGGUCCUUAAUCGCUGUAAGGAUGUCUCUUUCGGCCUCUCAGUGGAGGAGCAGGAACAGCAGCACCGCAUGGAGAGUCGGCAGAACCCACUGCCCCUGGGCCGUGACACUCUAAAUCCUGAGAUCACCAGGAAUGAGAGAAUCCCAGAAAUUGUGAGAGAUUAUACAGAUCCUCCAGAGAGAAGAUUGCUCCCGGCUCCCCCUGCAGGGGAAUCCGGUGACAAAAUCUCUCCGCUCACAACUCCCGGGGACCUUUAUGUGCAAGAGCCUCUGGGGGAAGAGAAUAGGGUGACGCAGGAAUAUCAGGUUAAACAAGAGGAUGAGAGCUUCCCGCUGCAGUGCAACUACAAGGAGAUAAUUCCUACACAGAUCAGCACAGGGCAAUGCUCGGUAAAUGUUGAACUCCUCGGGGACAAAUAUGAGGGAGAGCAUCUGAAUCCUGCAGAGGAUAAACUGCAGCCAAUCACAGGGGAAUCCAGCGACAGAAUCUCUCCGCUCACAACUCCCGGGGGCCUUUAUGUGCCAGAGUCUCUGGGGGAAGAGAAUAGGGCGACACGGGAAUAUCAGGUUAAACAAGAGGAUGAGACCUUCUCGCUGCAGUGCAACUACAAGGAGAUAAUUCCUACACAGAUCGGCACAGGUGGAGCUGCCAGCUGGGGUAUCCCACGGGGAGAGCACUGUUCUGCCUCUGAAUUCCCUAUCGUGAAUGAUCAAAGUGCAAAUGUCUUUAGUGAGAAUUCAGCUACAGGAAGGACAAGUGAACCAGUGCGACUUACCAACAAUAAUUAUUCCUUCCAUGAAGAAUUGCGCUUCCCCGAGCCCCCCAGGCACCCAUUGGGGACAGAGUAUUCCCCGUUACUGUUUAACGUACAGGAAGCAGAUUAUGCGCAGAAGCGCCCUGAGAGCGGAGGCAGAGCGAGGGAGAAGCCCUAUGUGUGUUCCAAAUGUGGAAAAGGUUUUGCCCACAAAUCGACUCUCAUUAAGCAUCAGAGUUUCCACAUGGGCGACUUUACCUGUUCCCAGUGCGGGAAGCGUUUCAACUGGAAGUCCAACCUUCUGGUGCACGAGAGAAGUCACGCCGGGCAGAAGCCCUUCACCUGCUCCGAGUGCGGAAAAUGUUUUGCCCACAAAUCGACUCUGGUGAAACACCAGCUGUUCCACAUGGGGGCCUUUACGUGCUCCGAAUGCGGCAAAGGCUUCAGCCAGAAGUCCAAUCUAUUAGCGCACCAGAGGCGCCACACUGGCCACAAACCCUAUUCCUGCUUUGAAUGUGGGAGGAGUUUCAGCCAGAACUCCAGCCUGGUCACGCACCAGAGGAUCCACACAGGGGAGAAGCCAUUUUCCUGCUCUGAAUGCGGGAAGUGCUACACCCAGCACGCCAGUCUCCUCGUGCACCACAGGACGCACACAGGCGAAAAGCCUUACGUCUGCUCCGAUUGCGGCAAAGCUUUCAAUCAGAUGGCGCACCUUGUCAAACACCAGCGCAGCCACAAGCACUGACUCCGUGGCCUCUUGCUCUUACUCGGUGGAUUCCAUUAGAGAGGUUUAUUUUAUAAAACUCUUAGAUAAUAUUAUUAUUAUUUAUGAUUUAUUCAAAUAUUUUUAAGAAAAUGUAAAUAUAUUUUGAUCUGAAAUCCAAAGUGAAUUCUAAAUCUGAUCUAUGAACGCUUUUGCCCCACAUUCAAUAGUUUCUCUGUUUUAGGCCAAAUUCUUUACUCGUAACACUGCUGUGCUGCCGAAAUUGGCUUAAGGGCUGUGACACACGGGGAGAUUGGUCGCCAAAAUGCCAUCGCACCGGCCAGAAUAUAAAUCGCCUGUGGAAUGGCAUACGCAGCGCCGUGAUUUGCCGAAGUCGCAGAAGUUGCCUUAAGAGGAAACUUCCUUUAGGUUAAUAAGAUUGAAAGAUUUUAUUGAUUUGUUUACAAAAUGCAACUAUCUUGUAAACUGGUUUCUUGGGAGACGGAGCUUUGGUAACGCCUGGAAGUCUGCUGUAAAAGAGGGCAUCUAGUUACCGAGAUAGAAAGGGCCUCUUUCCCCAGUCAGUUGGCUUCUCCUUCCAUUGGGCUUUCUGUCCAAUUACAGGGCAGUGUGGCCCUGUCCAGCUGAUCCUAGGGUUAGGCCAGGAGUGGGGAUUGGGCAGAUCCAGGGCAGAAAGGGGCAAACCAGGGGCUGAAC